AGAUACAAAAAUGAUUUAAAAAUAACAAAAAAACAAACACCAUAUACAGUAGUGAUAGCAAAUUCAAAUGUAUUCAAAAAUUAAAUACGAUAUUUCAUAAAUUCAACAAUUAACUAAAAGACAAAAAUAAUCAACUUCAAGUUUAGUUUUUCAGCUAAAAAAUGCAAAAUCUAGGUUAAACAAAACAGAAAUUGAACAUGAAUAGUGGAGAUAUGUUCUUAACUAAUUUAGUAGUAAUUAAAGUCACCAAACCUUAGCUAAAAUAGAACGACAGCCAACUAUUCAAGAAUAAAUACAAUUCUUGGGGAAUAGAAAUAUUUUAAAUGAUACAACAAUUUUGUUUUUAUGUUAACAAAGUUAGCUUUUUAACACAUGCGCGCGAACACACACACCUGGGAAACACAUUAGUUGAUGUUGCAGUAGAGCUCUUAGCUCACAGGUGUCAGAGGAUAUAGUGUCAGUUACAGGGUUUCCACUGCUACUGCAGUGUGUGUGUUUGUGUUUGUGUGUGUGUGUGUUUGUGUGUGUCUGUGUGUGUGUGUUAUGUGACCUGUCUUUGUCUUGGUGACUGUCUAUCUUUUGUCUGUGUAUAAGUGGAUACAGUUACUGCGGCCAUCUUAUCCUCCACCUGUUUAUGUAAGGGUUCUGUGCACACACACACACACACACACACACACACGCACACACACACACACACACACGGUUGUUGGGGAACUUCCCAGGGCUCACAUCACACCGUGACUUUGUCCUGCAGCAUCACAGAACUGGCUGAAUUAAAAUAAAUAAUUUCCUUCAACCUUUCUGUUUCUCUCCAGGUUCUUUGGACUGAGUCUUUACAUGAACACCUGCCGGAGAUGAUUCCAACAUUCCCAACGGAAUCCAAGGAAGGAAGACGGAAAAAAAGGAAACAUUGCUGCAGACUCACUCGGCCAACUUCAGCUUCUAACAGCUGACUCUGAGCCAGAAGAAGUGAAGGAACACGUGCUGCCUAUUUAUCACAACACAGGCUGUGUGGAUGUCUUUAAAAAGAAAUGAGGAUUCCCUGAAGGAUUUCCUACGUGAUCCAAGGAGGACAUGAAUUUGGAUCUACUGCCGGAGUUCAGGGAAUAGUCGAAAAGCAAGAGGAUAAAGCUGUAAUCCGACUCAAAGGCUUUUUCAGCUUUGACUAAAAUGCCUGAGAGAAUGACUCAGUUCCAGGGUCAGAGCUUUCACAAGCUGAGGCGAGCUUGUCGGCGACGAGGGGCUCUCUUUAAAGACCCCCUCUUCCCCACCACGGCCCAGUCGCUGUUUUACAAAAGGGAGCUGCCGUCUGGGCUGGCCUGGAAGAGACCCAGGGAAAUAUGUAAAGACCCUCGUCUGUUUGUUGACGGCAUCAGCACCCGCGACCUUUACCAGGGCAGUCUGGGUAACUGCUGGAUGAUGGCUGCUAUUUCCUGCCUUGCAUCUGAGCCAUCUCUGUGGAAGAAGGUCAUUCCUGACCAUGUGGAACAGGAGUGGAACCCCAAACGAAUCGACCAAUACGCUGGAAUCUUUCAUUUUAGAUUUUGGAGAUUUGGUCGUUGGGUGGACGUUGUUGUGGACGACCGUCUGCCGGUUAAUGAGGACGGUGUACUGCUGUUCUGUCGCUCAGCUACUCCUCGAGAGUUCUGGAGUGCCCUGUUGGAGAAGGCCUACGCCAAACUGAACGGGUGCUACGAGGCCCUGGAGGGAGGAAACACGGCGGAAGCCUUGAUUGACUUCACGGGUGGAGUGUCAGAGUCCCUCAGCCUGGAUCGUGAGGCUCUCAGCCUUCACAGUGACCACAGGAGAGCAUUCUUUCAGACGUUAGCCAAAGCUCACGAUGGCAAAGCCCUCAUCACCUGCUCUAUACGGCCAACAGAGGGGGAAGCUGUUGAAUCAGUGCUGGACUGUGGCCUAGUGCGAGGACAUGCUUAUGGCAUUACAGCUGUGAGGAAACUGAGGCUGGGGGACAAGUUCUCCAAGUCAGGAGGAAUGUCCAGGAUCUUUAUGGUGCGUAUGAGGAACCCGUGGGGAACCUCAGACUGGACUGGUGCCUGGAGUCAGAGGUCAGAGGAGUGGCAACAGAUGAGUCGAGCAGAGAGAGAGAAGUUGGGUCUCACAGUGAGAGAUGUUGGAGAGUUCUGGAUGGACAUCAAGGAUUUCUGUGGCUACUUCACAGACGUGGUGGUGUGUCGCCUGGUGGAGAGAGCUCUGCUGUGGCCUAAAUCCCACUGGAGAGAAGAGCGUUGCUACGGAGAGUGGACUCCAGCUCCCACCUCCCCUGGUUCAUCCCCAUCCUCCAUUGUCCUUCACAACAACUAUGCACUGACGCUGGGUAAACCCAACAUCCGGCCUGAAGGAAUGGAGCAGAGGGGGAGGAGAAGGGAAGCCAGACUGGGCGAGAGUCAUCAGCAAAACAGGGGAAAGUGUGAGCGGGGUAAAGAGGUGAAAAAAGGCCUUGAAGAUAAUGAAGGUGGGAUAUGGGAGGCUCAGGUGGAUAAAAGGAGUCGGUGUGGAGGCUGCAUCAACCACAGAGAGACAUUUCUGCACAAUCCACAGUUCAUGUUUGAGAUCAGAGCCAAAGAUGAGGAGGUGCUAAUCUGUCUGCAGCAGGAAGACAGGAGGAUAAAGCGGAAAGAUGGAGGAGGAGAAAACCUUCCUAUUGGCUUUGAGGUGCUGAAGGUGGAGGUGAACCGCUGCAGUCGGGUGCAGUGUGUGGUGGAGCAGGCGGCCAGCUCCGUCUACAUGGACUCUCGCAGUGUAACAUUAAGAGCAACGUUUGCUGCUGGACGCUACGUUGUUCUGCCCACAACCUUCCUGCCAGGCGUCCCAGGACACUUCCUGUUACGGGUCUUUUCCCAUUCCCGCAUCAGACUCAGGGAAUUGAAAGAGGAUUUGCCUUCAUCAUCUGCUUUCCAGUGUUUUCUACCGCGGCCUAAGGUGGUGACCAGUGUCCACCUUCGCCGGGCUUCAGGACUUAACCCUCCCAAAGAGGAAGCUCCAGAUGUUUACGCCAUAGUUCGGUGUGAGAGUGAUACCAUCAGGACGCAGGUGUUCAAAGCAGAGGGAAACCCUGAGUUCAACCUUAGAGCCAUUUUCUACAGACGAUACCCCGACAUCAACAUCUCCAUUCAGUUGUGGGUCAAAGGUCAUUUGUGGGACUCCAUUCUUGGUGUGGCUCAGCUCCAGACGUCAAACUCUGACAGGAAUAGGAGUCAUGUCAUGGACCUGGGAACUCGUCACUUUGGUUCUCGGUACCGGGGAUGUGUUUAUGUUGAGACGUCAUCCAGCAUCUGUCUCACAGACUUGUGACAUUAUCAUCUGAAUGUCAUGAAACCAUGGUGACUGGUCUCCUUAACCUGCUGCCAAACUGACUUUAAUAUGUUUUUUAACAACAAAUAUUUCAUUUGCUUAUAUUGGCUGUGUUUAUAUAUAUGCAACUUUACUUUGUUUAAUUUUUAAUUUAAAUGUAUGAUAAUAGAAAUUGAAAUAAAUAAUUUCUAAAUAUCUUGGUAUUUCUAAGUCCAAUGUUGAGCAAAACAGACAAAAAUUAAUACAGGAGUACGGUUUGCUGUGUUGCAUCCCAUAUUCUGAAUACCAAAUGUGAACAAUUUUAUAUGGUUCACAAAAUGUACAUCUAAUCAAUUGUUGUUGGUUUCGUCUUUGAUCCUGGGUCUGACCAACUUUAAUUUUCCAAUAUUUAUUCGAUAUUUGGCUAAAAUAUGGCCCACAUUUUAGACAGCAGAUGGAAACCACACCUCAGCCAAAUGUUCAACUCUUGCCGUUUGUGGCGCACUUCCACCUUAAGCAGUAGGAGCUGCAUCUCUGCUAGCAUUGACUUCUUUCUAGUUCUACAAUUGUUCUGGAUCUCAGACAAACCUCUUUGGGACAAAAUAGUGUUCACAAGGACUCACAAAGUCUUUGCUAUAAUGUGGCCCACGGUGUGGGACGUCGGGUUGUCCUUCUGUCCUCUGAUGGAAAGUUUAUGCUUUUAUAUUCUUUCCUCACUUUUGCUGUCAUCUGAAGUUCCAAAAUGUUUAGAAAGACUCCAAUCAGAUUAAACAAACCAAUCAGUCGAUCAGUUGAUUAAAGAAUAAAGAAAGUGUAGAUAGGAUUUGUUGUGAUAAUCUCACUGUCAGCAAACAGUUUUUAGAAAACUCAGUACAAACUUUUUUUUGUAAACAGCUCUGACCUUUAAAGUCACAUUAUGCAAUUAUGCAACUUUACUGUAUAUUUUAGAUAUUGCAGGUCAGUACCAUGUGAUGUCUGACUUUUUAUUCAACAGCUCAGGGAAACCUUUCAAUAGUUCGACCUGGCUACUGUGUUGGGUCCGAGCUAAGUCCACGCAAUAAAAUGCAAAAUCGGCAGUGCAAGAUAAAAAAGUGAGGACAUGUUCAACUGUUAUCUGUCCAUAGACUGUAUAGUAUUUGUCUAUCAGAAGAUGGAGACUGCUAAUGUUUGCUCUGGAUCCAAAACAGGUCAUGUCAGAAUAAGAAGGUACUCUUGAAUGCUAUCCCUGAGCUGCUUUUUACUACAAAGGCCACUUUUCUCACCUGUUGCUACUAAACAUUGUAACACAUGUACUUUACGUUUACUACUUGUUUUGUUGAUUUAAAUAUAUUCUUAAUUUAAUAUUUUAAUUAGAUGCAUAAGAUUAUAUAUUACAUAUGACAAUUAA